AAAGUGGCUAUCAGGGUAGAUCUACCCCCCAUAGUUUUAAGUCUAAAGAAAUUUAUACCUGAGUUCUGUUCACUUUAGUAUGUUCUGAGCUCUUCAACCGACACUUGCUCAUACAAUUUUAAAUACAGUACUAUACUGAGAUAUUUUUAUUUCUGUUGCUAGCACGUGGCUUCAAAACGUUUUGUGAAAAACAAGUGAAACGGUCGCAUAUUAUUUUUUUAUGCAAAAAUUAAUUAUCUGAUUAAUUUAUCUGUAUCGUUUGCCAUCAAAUUAUUUUUAUAAUUACUGUCCGCCACGUGCGUUAGUUAUUUAUAAUUUUUUAAAAUUGGAAGAGAUUCAUAUUGUUUUGAUAUAAAUAAAGAACAAUGACUGCACUAGGUUCAGUUUUAUAUAAAUGGGAUAGAAUGAAAUUCUUUCAGUCACGAUACUGGAAUUAUUCCGAUUUAUUUUCUAUUGAAGGAGUAGACGAUGUUGCUUUUUCAAUUGGUGUUAGAGUAAAUAACGUUAAUUUCACUGUCUGUGUAAGAAAAAAUAAUUUGAAAUCAGCCAAGGCUGUUAUACAAAUAGCAAUACAUGAUGAAGAAAAAAAAAAAGAAAUUAAUAACUGGAAGGAUACUUACAUUUUUAAUUAUUCUUUAUCCAGUGCUAAGCUUUAUUUUGCUGGUAAUGAAAAUCAAUUUUUCCAAUUUUCGUCUAGCAUUACUUGUAGAAUUACCUGGUAUGGUUUCAAUGAAAGAGUUUUGAGGGAUAACUUUUAUCAAAAAUUACAGCAGUUUCACAGAGCAACUGAAUUCAGUGAUGUGAUACUGUCAGUUGAUGGUGCUGAAUUACCAGCGCACAAGAUCAUUUUAUCAUCUCACAGUCCAGUACUUCAUGCGAUGCUAACAUCAGAUAUGAGAGAAAAGAAAGAGAGUCGAAUUGACAUUGAUAAUUUUGAGAUAGAUGUCAUCAAUGAAAUGUUGGCGUAUUUUUACACUGGCAACACAAAAGCCAGUCAAGAUGUUGAAACAGCGUUGAAGAUGCUUGAGCUGUCCAAUAUGUAUCAAAUAAAUGGCCUCGAAGAGAUUUGCGAGCAGACAUUGAUAAAGAAAAUGAAGGUAGAUAAUGUCUUGAUCAUUCUCGUUGCCGCUGAUGAUUUCAGUAUACAAAAGUUAGUUGACGAAUCAAUUAAAUUCAUGGUAAAAAACCGAAAGGAAGUUGGUAAACUUCCUGAAUUCGAAGAGUUAUUGAAACAUAGGACCGGAAUCAUGUGCAAGUUUAUUCGUGCCAGUUUUGAAACUUAA